CUUGGAGCUUGUGCACUAAUCUGUCACUCGUCUCCUGCUUCCUCUAACCUCCUCUCUCCUCUCGCCGCUUCCUUUUUUCCCGAGAAAAAGUGAGAACAUUUCAGAAAUAAGCUUCCUCAAUGGCGUCGUCGUCUCAGAAAGUAACCUCUGUUUGUUUGACCGUCCUCGUCCUCUUAGCUCUCAGUGCAACGAUUCUCCGGAAAAUUGAAAUCCCUAGCUCCAGGAAGCUGAAAACAGAGGAGUUGCAGAGCUCAAAAAACAGCUCAACAAUGGCGGCGAACAGGCUUGAAGGUGUGGAGUUGAAUAAACAGCACGCGGUUGAUGAUCCAGAUAAGGUUGCUGAUGAAGUCUCUACCCUUGUUAAGGGUAGCUCACUUGGUAGCUCACUUGGUAAGGACCUUGUGGGCCAAUUGUCAUGCUCACGGGUUCGACGCCAAGCGGAGGCGAACUACCCAUUCUGUCAUCAAAUGCGGUACUGGGUGUUGGGCCUUGUCCCCAGCCCAGGUAAAGCCCUCCCGGGUGAAGUGGACCGCUGCCUAACCGGGCCCAGGGGAAUGACCCACGUAAGUGGGGAACCCCUGGAUUAUCAAAAAAAAAAAAAAAAAAAAAGUCUCUACCCUUGUUCAGAUGAGCGAACAUAACAUCACAGCAAGGAGGAAGCUUGGAUUUUUCUCAUGUGGAACCGGUAACCCAAUCGAUGACUGUUGGCGUUGUGACCGUAACUGGCAUAAGAACCGCAAACGCCUCGCCGAUUGUGGUAUCGGUUUUGGACGCAACGCUGUUGGUGGUCGUGAUGGACGCUUCUACGUUGUCACUGACCCCACUGACGAAGACGUUAUUAACCCCAAACCAGGAACUCUUCGCCAUGCGGUUAUCCAAGAUGAGCCUCUGUGGAUUGUGUUCAAGAGAGAUAUGGUGAUAGAGCUGAAACAAGAGCUGAUUAUGAACAGUUUCAAGACCAUUGAUGGUCGUGGUGCUAAUGUCCAUAUAGCCAACGGUGCUUGCAUCACUAUCCAGUUUAUCACCAACGUCAUCAUCCAUGGUCUUCACAUUCAUGAUUGCAAGCCUACUGGAAACGCCAUGGUUAGAAGCUCGCCAUCUCACUUUGGCUGGAGAACAAUGGCUGAUGGUGAUGCAGUCUCUAUCUUUCAAUCAUCUCAUAUCUGGAUUGAUCAUAACUCUCUCUCUCACUGUGCUGAUGGCCUUGUGGAUGCUGUCAUGGGUUCUACUGCUAUUACCGUUUCCAAUAACCACUUUACACACCACAAUGAGGUCAUGUUGCUCGGCCACAGUGAUUCCUACACAAAAGACAAGCUGAUGCAAGUGACCAUUGCUUACAACCAUUUUGGAGAAGGAUUGGUUCAGAGAAUGCCAAGGUGCAGACAUGGGUAUUUCCAUGUGGUCAACAACGACUACACACACUGGGAGAUGUACGCAAUUGGUGGGAGUGCAGAUCCAACCAUCAACAGUCAAGGAAACAGAUAUGCUGCUCCUAAGAACCCUUUCGCCAAAGAGGUGACGAAAAGAGUAGAGACAGAUGCAAGUGAGUGGCAGAAGUGGAAUUGGAGAUCAGAAGGAGAUCUGCUACUGAAUGGAGCAUUCUUCAAGGCAUCAGGAGCAGAAGCAUCAGCUAGCUAUGGACGAGCCUCAAGCUUAGCAGCUAAACCAUCAUCAAUGGUCCACACCAUAACCUCUACUGCAGGAGCACUAGGUUGCCGCAGAGGCAGACCUUGUUAGUUCUCUCUAUACCACCCAUAGUAACUAACCAACCCUAAACCCUUUCCCAUAUCUAUGGAAAGUGGAAUAUAUAGUAAGUAGUACUAGUAGUCUUUCUGCUUUCUCGUUUCGUUGUGGUCGUAUCAUUGUUUCGGCAGAUCCCACUCAGUUUUCUUACAGGUGGUAGGAAUUGGUCAACCUCUGCUUGCUUUUUCUUCUUUUUCUUAAAAAAUGGUGUUUGGGGAAACAAAGAGGAGCAAGCUCAGAAGCGUUGUUCAAAAGGUUUUCCUUCUUUUAAGAGUCUCUUAUGGUUUUUAGUUUUUGUUUCCCAUUUGGUUUUGGAGUUGUUAAAGUCCCUAUGGUUUUACUGGAUCUCACUCCCUUGCGUCUGUAGUCUUUUUGAGUUUCUCUUUCAAGUUAGUGGUCGUACUAAAGAAAAAAUUGUAACAGAAGACGAUUGAAAAGCUUUCUUGAUUUUUUUGCAA